AUGCUGCGUGUGCGCGUGACCUCGACGGCGCAACGCCCGUGUGCGGGGAGCGUGAGUGUGCGACGUGGGCCUGGCGUGGCGCGGAUGGCCGCUGCGCGCCCCGUCGCGUCGCGAGCGCGCCAUUCGCGGGGUCCUGAUGUGCCCGAGGACGCCGACGUGUGGCAGGGUAUUUUUGAGAGCGUGCCCCCGCGAGGCGAGGUCCAGAUCCAGGACGCGCGCGACGCGUUCGAGUGCUGUAGUUGUAUCAAGGACGAGCAGGGGAAAACCGCGUGCUACGCGCAGUUCGGCACCAACGCGCGCACCGUGGAGGCGUACCUGCCCUACGUGGAGCGCAUGGAGUACCUCUUCGAGGACGACGGCCGGAAGCGCGUCGAGGGCGACAUCAAGACUGUCCGCAUAGGGCCCGUGAUGCUCGCAAUGGACAUGACGUGGUUCCGGAUGCCGUGA